AAAAAAGUGGUCAAUGUAGCACUUCGUGAAAACUCGUCUUGAGAACAUGUUCAUCCCAAUUGUAAUGUUUCGGAAGCGAUUCAAUCAUCCUGAGUGAGAACACCAACUUGCUCAGCGUCUGCUUUGCUGGUUUCGUAUGUACGACUUCGUGUGGAUGUGGAUGGUUGCGUGUGGAAACCAAAAUUUGACCUUCAGCAGCCGAGUUUGCUGAGUGAGGGGUGCAAACAGACCCUCAGAUUGGCACAAACGCUGUUCUGGAAUACUCGUAAAUGUGACUGUUUUGUGAUUUAGUGACUGGCACGAGUGCAUUCUUUCCGUGUUGGUUAAUCUCUAAAGGCGGUGUCGCAUAUCAUAGAUAGUGGAAUUGACGGAGAAUUAAAAGAUCCUGUGAUCCAGACCUUGGACAGUGCCGAAUUUCGAUUUGACGAGAGUCGUCUUCCUGGCUUUAAUCCUCGACUCAGAUCAAAAGUCUGACAAAUCGGUCUUGAAACACUUGCGAAAUUGCAGUUCCGUGUCAAUUGAGGCGAAACAAAGUGAUUUGAACGUUUAGGGCUUCGAAGCCAAUCUUUGCCAUGGAUGCAACAUUUUCCAGCUCUCAAAACGAAUACCGAAUGAAGCCUCCGUAUUCGUUUCGCUGAAGUGGGUUGAAGGUCUGGGAUGUGCAUGAACUUGCGUUGGAUACACGCACACGUACUGCAGGCUGAACGAACCCAGUCCAUGAAAUCAUGUCUCAAGUGCGACAGGGGCAUCGCCACCCUCACUCCCAUCGCCGCCAUCAGGUUGGCCUCGCCCCAACGCAUGGAAAAUGUCUUCAAGCUUGACGCAAGAACGCGCAAAGUCUCGACCCCUUGACGCAUCUGGCACAAAAAAAGAGGAGGAAGAACUUUUCUCUCUCUGUCUACGCCAGUCUGUUGGAGGAUCGGGAAGGAUACCCCGAAGUGCGUACGUACCUUCAAUAUCCUUCUUGCUUGCUAGUCUGUCUCCCUACCUGUACAGGUGCCGCUGACUACCGAUAUGCUCGGAAGGUACGCAAAGUGGAUGGAGGAAGCCAGCUCACAUCUGCAACUAUCUGGUAUGUGGAGGGACGUUCGGUCGGUCGGUCGACCUCUGGUAUGCUUGGUUGACGACUAGAAAUACUCGCCAGUGUUUCCUGAGGAACCGGCUAUCUCACUUCUGCUGGAUGCCAACCAUCGGAGGAAGGAAGACAUUGGUGAAGAUCAAAAUGUUCUAGUGACAAGUUCUUGAGUCUUCGGGAUUGCUGCAAGCUCGAAUCAUGGGUGCUAUUUACUCGUUGCCAAUGUGUGCCAGGAACGGCGGGGAUAAGGAGGAAACCCAAGCCGACGGGAAUAACAAUGAACCCAUGCCCACCCUACAACAUAAUGGGUUGGUAGUUUCCAUCCAACCCAUGGCUGGUCCGCCCCAGGAAACUCACGACCUCAGCCCUGAGGCCACUAGCACGCCCAGGUCUCGCUCUCGUCAAGUCACGCCCUUUUCCGAACACAGCAUUUCCGAGAGCCUCGAGUCUGAGGAUCUGGAAGGGCAUGCCAUUGACGAGGAGGUUCUCAACUCGAGCCAAGACCGAACCAGUGAUUCGGGUUUGGAGCAAUCCUCUUCGGAUGAAUUGGAAUUGGGCCCCCCAUCCCUGCGAUCCAUGAGGCCUGUCAGCGUUAUCCAACGACGAACCCCUCCACCCCUACCUCAAGAUGAGGGCAUCAAUGAGUCGUCCGUAGAUGUGACGCUCCCACUUGGAAACCAUGAGACCUGUGAUGAAGAAGACGAGGACAGUGAUGUGGAGGAGCCUCACGAGCGACCUCCAGAGCCCACUGUCCCGGAUGAACGAGUGGACUCGACCUCGUCCGAGGAUCGCUCCAGCUCGUCCUCGCCAAUGAGACGAGUAUCUCGCUCGCCCUCCAACCCUCCAGAGGUUCUGGAUCCCCGGCAUUUGAUGAAAAAAGAUGACACGAAAUCCGCCAUUUCCGAUUUGUUGUCCGAGAUCGUCAAUUCUGACGGAACACAUCAAAUUCAUGCAGAGGAGAGAAGCGAAGGAUUCGGCGUGAUGGCUCGCAAUCCUGAAGCAGUAUCUCGAUAAAAAAAAAAAACAGAAGUGGAAAGGAAAUUGUUUCCCUCGGCCUGAUCCCAAGUUCUACUUCCGGACAG